AGAUGAGAAUCGACUCCACCCCAAGACCCGGUUCCUGAAGGGAGAGAGUCAGUCGACAGUGUCGCCCCUGAUGUCCAAGAGGGGGGACAACUCAGACGUGGGAGUGAAGAAGCUGAAGCCGGUGUUGGAGCAUGUCUAUGACGGGGGCCGGAGACACAGCAUCAUAUCCUGACACCGCUAGUGCUGGUUUCGAGGGAUUUGGGUUUGGUCUGGGUUUUGAGUUUGGGGUUUGGGUUUGGGUCCGGGGU